AUGGUUGAACUCUCUAAGGCUGAAAUUGAAGAUAUCAAAGAGGUCUUUGACCUCUUCGACUUUUGGGACGGUCGCGAUGGAAUGAUCGACGCCAUCAAAGUCCCCGAUCUUCUCCGGUGUGCUGGAAUGAACCCAACCCUCAAAGUUGCUCUGAAACACGGAGCUACCAAGAAGGCCUGCGAAAAGCAGUACAAAUUUGAUGAGUUCUUGCCAGUGUAUCAGGCUAUCGUUAAGGAGAAAGAAGAGGGUACUUUCGCAGAUUAUAUGGAGGCAUUCAAAACUUUUGAUCGUGAAGGCCAAGGCAUUAUCAGCCUUGCUGAACUCCGACAUGUCCUCACCAAUUAUGGCGAAAGAUUGUCAGAUAGCGAAGUUGACGAAAUCAUCAAGCUUGUCAAGCUUCACAUAGACUCGGAUGGAAACGUUAAAUAUGAAGGUAAGCCAACUAAUUUAUUUAUAUUAUCUCAAAAUCCUUCAUUGUUAGUGUGCGACUAA